CUGAAUUCAUUCUCUCUAAAACUCCCUUGUAAAAGCACCCGUGCAUUCUCCGUCAUAAUAUAAAUUGGGCUACAGGUGUUCCACCUAAAGUCAUACCGGUCAAUCUGCGUGUUUUUUACCUUUUUACUUUGCCAAACCGAACAAACUAUUCUAGACCCGGUCUAGUAUAGUUUGACCGGUCAAGUAAUUUACACCAUCAUUUUUGGCGCCGACCGUGGGACCGUUAAAGUUUCUUCUCCUAAACAUAAACCUACCCACCAAAACACCACUCGAAAUGUCUUCCAGCCAACAAAUCAACGCUACUUCCGCUCAGGUGCAGGCCACCAAUGAGGGCACCAACAUCCCUGUGGCUGCUACCAUACCGGUCAUUUCAGCCCCGGUGUUGCCUUUGGGUCUGAGAACUGUCCCGACGGCUAGCGUGAUCAGCCCCUUUGCGACCCCCGUCCCUUCUGCUGGACCGAGGGUCACAUUCCCACCAAGCAUGACUCAGUUCAUGAAUGACCCAGCCAACCUACAAGCCAUCCAGGGCUUUGGCCAAGUCAUGGCCAUGUGCCAACAGAAUGGCGCGUUCGCCCGGCUAGGCGAGGUGCGGGAGGCCGAGCCUGCCCGCACCCGACGCUCCCGGUCUAACCGGCAGGAGCCAGCAAGGACGAGGGCCUCUCGUCAGGAAGAGGAAGCACAGAGCCAGCCCAGGUUACCGGUGGCGAACCGGUUGACCAUUCCAAAUGACCGCGUCCAGCAGAUGGAGGCAAAACUAGAAAGGCUGGAGAAGAAGGUCGGAGAGAAGAAUGACCGGGACAAACCCUUGGCGGGGUCCCCGUUCACCACAAGGGUCCAUCUGACACCUUUCCCGCGAAAGGUCAAGAUCGACGCCCCCAGAUUCACCGGGAAGGAAGAUCCGGAAAUCCAUCUGGAUUCCUUCAACCAGAGUGCGACCAUGAACGGUUGCACCGAUGAAGAAAAGUGCCUUCUUUUCUUCCAGACCUUGCGGAACCGAGCCACUGAAUGGUUCAAUAAGCUUCGCCCGGGAAGCAUUGACUCGUUCAGUGAUUUGGCCUCAAAAUUCAAGGCCAAGUUCCAGGAGAACUGUACUAAGAGGAAGAAAUUCACCUAUCUUAGUACAGCCGGGCAGAGGGAGUCUGAGAACCUCACUCAGUUCCUUACCCGGUGGAAGGAAGAGGUAGACAAGGUGGAAGAGAUGGAUGACAAGACCGUCCUCUCCCUCCUCUUAAAUGGCUUACGUGCUGGGGAACUAUACAAGGAGUUCUGCCGGAAACCCCGAGCCACGUACCAAGAGGCCUACCAUACAGCAUGGGAGUUUGCUGAAGCUGAAACCCAGCUCCGGGCAAAGAGAAAAGCUGAGCAUGGUCACAAGCCCAAGCCGAAGGCCCAGGAGAAGAGUCAUCAGUGGGUUAGGCCAAUCGCCCCGAGAGAUGACCGGCGGAGGAAUAACCGGCCAAGGAAGCGGCAGCCUGCUCCCGAAAAGGAGCACAUCGGCAUGAUCUUCGGCGGACCUGAGGAUGGAGAUUCAGCCGCGCAGUGGAAGAACUGGGUCCGGAGCAUUUACGUUGGUGAGGUAAGUGCUGAACCGCCCAGGCGUAAACAUACUAGGAGGGAGCCUAUUGUCUUUACUGACCGGGAUCUCCCUCCUACCGGUGAAGAUCACAAUGAUCCAUUGGUCAUCACCAUGGACAUUAAUGGGGUGGAUGUCGCCCGGGUACUUGUUGACACCGGCAGCAGUGUCAACAUCUUAUACCUGGAGACCUUCCAAAAACUCAGAUGGUGUCGAACACAACUUGAACCCCUCAAAACCCAUCUCUCAGGCUUCACGGGGGACACCGCUGAAGCUGAAGGAUCCAUAGUUCUACCGGUCGAACUAGGAUCAGGUGAAAAGACCGUGUGGAAGAAGAUGCGGUUCAUAGUUGUGGACAUCAAAUGCGUCCACAACGCAAUUCUUGGAAGGCCAGGCAUCAAUAGAGUCGGGGCAGUGAUUUCCAUGCCUCAUCUAUGCAUGAAGUUCCACACUCCAGGUGAUGUGGGUGAGGUGAAGGGCGACCAGAGGAACGCCCGGGAAUGCUAUGCCCGGGCAGUCAAGAAAAUGACCAAGGGGGUCAAUUUCAUCUCCCAAGAGAUCACAAAGGGAGAGACCCGGGAGAAACUGGAGCCCGAGGCUGAGACGGUGGAAAUCGAACUUCACAUCAGCAUGGCAUCUCCCCGAGGAUCUCAAAGCACAGAUUACGCGGGUCCUCCAAGAAUACGCGGGCAUAUUCGCAUGGAGCGUGGCGGAUAUGCCCGAAAUAGAUCGCUCUGUUAUCUGCCACCGGUUGGCCACUUACCGGUCAACAAGCCCACUGAGCAAUGGUGGGAGAUGGCAGUUGAUGGGACAUCCGGUCCUAGAGGAUACGGGGGUGGUAUCGUGUUCACCACCCCAGAAGGGUUCAAGAUCUACCAUGCAAUCGUCUUCAACUUCAAACUGACGAACAAUGAGGCAGAAUAUGAAGCUCUGGCUGGAGGGCUCAGACUUGCCCAAGCCCUGGAAAUCAGCCGGGUCAGUAUCAAAUCUGACUCUAGCCUAAUCGUUGGGCAAGUGACCAGUAACAUGGAAGCAAGGGAAGGACGCAUGGCACAAUACAAGGACCUUGUACUUGCCCUGUUGAAAGGCUUCGAAGAGUUCAUGAUCGCCCAAAUUCCCCGGGCGGAAAACGCGGAUGCAGACCUUCUCUCCAAGUUGACGCAGUAUGCUCCCGAACAUGUUUCAAAACUUGCCCGGGUAGAGAUCCUUGACCGUGCAAGCGUCGAAAAAUUGGAAGUCACCGCCAUAACGGCCAGAAGCCAAUUUGACCGGUCAAACCUGGUCGGGGCGGACGACCAUUGGAUGUAUGAUCUGAUGGAAUAUCUGAUGGAUGGGAGCUUGCCAGAACAAGAUGAUCGGGCAAGAAAAGUGAAGCUCAGGGCACCCCGAUUCAAGGUUCUUGAUGGAAAGCUGUAUAAAAGGGCAUUUGGGGGGCCACUCCUGAGAUGUCUAACCAACCGGGAGGCUGAGCGAGUCAUCGCGGAGGUUCACGAAGGCGUAUGCGCGGCGCAUCAAAUGUCCCGUACGCUUUCCCAACGCAUCAUCUUGUUGGGGUAUUACUGGCCAACAAUUGUACAGGAUUGUGAAAGGUACGUCCAGAAAUGCAGGACGUGCCAAGUAUUCUACAAGUAUCCCGGUAGACCGGCGACCUACUACCACCCCGUAUCGAAUGUCAUCCCAUUCGCUAGAUUCGGGGUUGAUAUUAUUGGAGCCUUUCCAAUCGCCCAAGGAGGGAAGAAGUUCGUAAUCGUAGCCAUCGAUUACUUCACCAAGUGGAUCGAGGUCGAAGCAUUGGCCAACAUCACCACGCAACAAUGUAAGAAAUUCAUUUGGAAGAACAUCAUCACGAGGUUUGGAGCGCCCAUGAACCUCAUCACCGACAACGGCCCACAAUUCCGAAAUCCAAGGUUCACCGAAUACUUGGAGGGCUUUGGGAUCAAGCACAAUCGCUCUUCGGUGGCGUACCCCCAAGGAAAUGGCCAAGUCGAAAACGCCAAUAGAACUAUUGUAGAUGGUUUGAAGAAACGGCUGGGAGAGGCAGGAAACAAGUGGCUGGAAGAGCUCCCACACAUCGUAUGGGCAUUCCGAGUAACACCCAGGAGGGCUCACGGGGAAACUCCAUUCUCCCUAACCUAUGGGUGUGAAGCAAGGCUGCCCAUCGAAGCUGAAUUCCCAAUGUUCCGGGAAUCAAAUUAUCCACCCCAACAAAAUGAAGAAGACCCCUUGGCCGAACUCAACUUGGUCGAAGAGCGGAGAAUGGCCGCGGAAGUUAAAAUGAGCACAUAUCAACAAGUCGUGAAGAAGUACCACGACAACAAGGUUGGACCGCAAUAUUUUCAAGUCGGCGAUGAAGUCCUGCGAAGAAGGGAGGCUAGUAGACCGGGAGACGGAGGAAAGCUGGCCAAAAACUGGGAAGGGCCUUACCGGGUGAGAGCUAUCAUUCGCCCGGGGACCUACCGGUUAGAAACUCUUGAAGGUGUACCGGUGGAAAGAACCUGGAAUUCCCAUCAUCUUCGCAAGUUCUACACAUGAUUGUAAUACUAGGCCAGGCCUACUUUAUUAUCAAUCAAACCGAUGAUGUUCAAUACUCUACUUGGUAGCGGCAGAAUUGAUAGGUCGAACCUAUCCUAGGAGGGCUUCCUGGGUGGAUCGAAUCCACUUGGAUAAGCCAACUGAGACACAGGCCCGGACCUGGCACGCUGGUUACUACACCGGUCUUGCUCAGUAUAAUAGAAAAAAUAUUAAAACCCGGAAGAGGGGCCCGGAAGAGGGUAUGCCCGCAAGAGGGCUGGACCUGGAAAAAGGUUCGAACCGUACUUACACGGGCCCAUGAGAUUUGACUGGUGUCGGGG